AUUAACAGAAUAGAAAGCACCCAGGGUCUGAAAUGAGAACAGUGUUGGGACUGGGGGGAAACCUGGAGGAUGAGAAUGAAAUGUGUAAAAACAGAGUUAAGUGAAGGCUGAACCUGUGACAAAACUGAGGCCAUAGUUUUCUAAAAAGAGACUUUAGAGUGCAAAUAGUGGAGUACAAAAACACUGUUAUAGAGCUCUUGUUGCAAAACAUGAGUUAUAAUCUUUACUAUCACCAUAUUGCGCUGUGUGUACGUGUUGGUCUCAGCACAAACUGUGAUGCUGGCAGCACACCCUGCUAACAACCACAUGUCCAUGUCAGUGCCUCUGAUGAGCUAAUCUGCUGGUCAGCGUGGUGACGGGAUCCUGGCUGAGAGAUGGCCUUCUUCAAGAGCUUCCAGCAGAACCUGCCAUCUGUCAACAUUUCCUCCAUCUUGGACUCGGUCACCAGCCGUGUGGACGACCUGGCCAGCGCUGUCAGCGAUGCCACUUAUGCUGUCAGCGACCAACUGACUGAACAGGUCACCACUAUCAUCAACAAGGUGCAGGACGAGGAAGAUGGGGGAAACGCCAGUGGCCAGGAGUCGGGUCAGACUUCCGCAUCACAGGAGGGCAAGGCCAGCAGUAAGAGCAUGUGGCAAAUGAAUAGAGACUCAGAAACAGGCAACACAGCCUCAAAGACCAACCAGGCAGGUUUCACUACAGAGGCAGAGCACACUCAGAACCAGCUGGAGUGGGAAUGGAGGGACGGAUGCUGGCGAGUUAAAAAGACAGAAGCCGAGUUAGCAGAGGAAGAGAGGAGGAAGAAAGAGGAGAAGGAGCUGCAGGAGAAGAGAGAACAGAGGAGAAAAGAAAAGAGAGCGAAGCAGCUGGAGAAAGAAGGCAAGUCACAGAAAAACAAAGAGGAAUCCCAAGAUGGAGAGCAAGAGGAGGGAGCUGAUGCUUCAGAGAAAACAGAAAACACAGGUGGACAAGACAGACAGGCGAGUGAGAGUGGAGGCAAAUCCGGUGCUCAGCAAAGAGGCGGCAACUGUGAUGAACCUCCUCAAUCGCCUGGUCCUGAGACUGAAAGCAGACUAUCAAAACAGAAAAAGCCAAAAGACGAGGGAGAAGAAGAGAAAGAGAUGGAGGACCUUGAGAGGGAGGGAGAUGAUGAGGAAGAGGCUGAGCUUUCUAAAGCUUCUUCAAAAGCAAAAAAGAUGAAGUCAGAAAAGAAGAAGGGGAAAGGAGUGAAGGGGGAUUCAAAGAAAUUGGAGGAAGCCUCGGACUUGGAGGAAAAGAAGGAGAAAGGGAAGAAAAGCAAGAAGAAAAAAAAGAAAGGCAACCAAGAGGGAGUUUUAUCGGACAGCGAGGAGGACAAAGGCCCAGAGGCUGUGGCCCAGCAGAACACAACUUCUGUGUGGGGCAACAAACACAAACAGUCCACUGAGCAGGGAGGCUACAGCAGCGAAGCCUCCAGUGAACGGGCCAACAGCAUCCAGAGAAUAAAGAAAGAUUCCUCGCUCAGUGAGCCCCAGCCUCCUCCGUACCAGGACGAGGGCUCGGCGACCCACAUGUCCUCUUAUUCCCACUCAGAGCAGGCGGUCAGGAGGGGGUCGUCCCCACUGCGCUGCUCCAGUGAGGCCAGUGUGGACCAGGACACCGAGAGCUACCUCAACAAAGGCUGUGAGGAGGACAUACCCAGUGACAGUACAGCUGUGCUGGGACCAGAGGAUGGCUCUGGUCCUCAGCUCCCUACAGCCUACGAGCCAGAGCCACUCGGCAAAUACGGUACGCUGGAUGUCGCCUUCGAGUAUGACUCCAGCGAGCAGUAUUUGGCCGUCACGGUCACUGCUGCAACAGACAUUCCUGCACUUAAACAGACGGGUAACAUUGCGUGGCAGGUCCACCUGGUCCUGCUGCCCACCAAGAAGCAACGGGCCAAGACUGGUGUGCAGAAGGGUCCGUGUCCUGUCUUCACGGAAACGUUCAAGUUUUCCAGGGUGGAACAGGAGACCCUAGGGGACUACGCUGUUCGCUUCCGCCUGUACAGCAUCAGGCGGAUGAAAAAGGAGAAGGUCCUGGGAGAGAAGGUUUUCUACCUGACUAAGCUCAACCUGCAGGGCAAGAUGGCUCUACCUGUCACCCUGGAACCGGGCUCUGAACUUACAGGUUGCGGCUCUCUGGUGAGCGUGUCUCGCAGUGCAGGAGCGCCGUCCUAUCGCUCCACUGAAGACUCUUCCUUGCCAGAGAUCCUCCUGGGUCUCAUUUACAACUCUGCCACAGGACAGUUAUCUGCUGAGGUCAUCCAGGGAAGCCACUUCAAAACCACAGCGUCUGAUAAACCCGUCAAUGGUCUGUUCUGUUGUAUAAAACACUUUGUAGGGGGGCAGCUUUAUAUCAUGAGAGACACCUACGUGAAGCUCACCAUGCUGGACUCCAAGGGGAAAGAGAUGUCCAAGUGCAAGACGGCCGUAUGCCGCGGCCAGCCCAACCCCACCUACAAGGAGACGUUUGUGUUCCAAGUGGCGCUCUUCCAGCUGUCCGAGGUGUCGCUGGUGCUGUCUGUGUUCUGCCGCCGGAGCAGCAUGAGGCCCAGGGAGAGGCUGGGCUGGGUCUCCCUGGGCCUAAACAGCUCCGGCGAGGAGCAGCAGGCCCACUGGGCAGAGAUGAAAGAGGCCGAAGGACAGCAGGUCUGCCACUGGCACACACUCACUGACACAUAGGAGGAAGAUUUAUGAAGACUUAUAUUAACAGCAUUCCCUGGACAGUCAAGAGUUUUAGGCGAGAAGGAAGCAGCUUGUCAGAUGUAUGAUGUGUGCGCAUACAGGUGUGAGGACAGGCAUGGGUUCCCAGUCUUUACUGCCAGAGACUGCACGAAUACCCUUUAAUCUGCCAUUUUAAUCUGCUGCAGACAGGCUGACAUAAUUGGUGGAGAUCCAGCUCGGGGCCUUUUCUUGACAAUAAAAAAGGCAAUGACAAACUGAAAAACUUACCAAGAACCGAAGGAAACCGUUUGUUUUCCAGUAAUGCUGCCUACAACAAGAUCUGCAUGUACCCUAACUUGUUUACAGGACAAUGUUAAGACUUUUUCAAACAUUUUGCAUCUCUAAAUAUUGGACCAAAGAGCUCAGUCCAGGACGAGCUGACUCCUCCCUGUUUCUUCCAGGCUUCUCUGGACUUCAGCUGCCACCAGCAUACCAGACAUUUCUCUAUCAGUCCUUGCCGUUGACAAAAGAGAAGGCAAUGAAAAGACUGUUACAAAAGGGCCUACAACAUGCUGCAACUAUGCUUACAAGCUAUGCUUUGUACAGUAUAUUUACAUGCACGACAUUAUGCAAGUUUCCUUCAUCGGUUUCCCCCUUCAUGUUUUUGGAUUAUCAGUCAAAUGGUUUACCAGUUUUAUGGGUGUCCCUCUAGGGGUAUGUGUUACACAAAGACUUUUUUUUUUUUUUAUUAUUGUGGGCUUGUAUGACUCAGUGCACUAUGCAUCUGACGCUACUUUAAACUAGAGGACUGAAAUUCUUAUGCUCGCUGAGUUUCUUACAGAAUUGGACACAGCUCUGCUUGCCACUGGUAUCAAAGAGCAGCUUCCUUUCCAGUGUAAUACAUAUUGAGCCUCUUUCACCAUUCAGCCUUCUGACAAGUCAGCCAUGUUCAUUCAUGUAGAAACACGGUGCUUCCCGCUGAGGAGGAAUAUGCAAAAGUCUGCGCAGUCCAAUAAACCCGGCUUUCUGUGAGGCCGUGCUGA